AUGAAAGAGCUUCUAAAUGGUAAACAUAAAUUUAAGGAUGAUGAAAAUGUUGCUCUAGCUGAAGAAUGUAGCACUUUCAUUCCACGUAAACUGCCACCUAAACUAACAGAUCCAGGUAGACUUACUAUUCAUUUCUCUACAGGUUCAUUAAAAGUUGGCCAGGAACUAUGUGACUUAGGGGUCAACAUCAACUUAAUUCCAUUGUCCAUGAUGAGGAUAUUAAAUUGUGAAGAGCCAAAACCUAUGAAAAUGACUUUGACUUUGGCUGACAGAUCAAUCACAUACCCAUAUGGAGUACUAGAGGACGUAUUGGUGAGGGUUGAUGAUUUUUUUCCUGUUGAUUUUGUCAUAUUGGAUAUGCCUAAAGAUAUCGAAACACCAUUAUUGUUAGGUAGAUCCUUACUGGCUACGAGAAGAGCUUUGAUUGAUGUAAAAAUAGGAGAAUUGAUUCUCAAGUUUAAUAAAUAG